GAACUGACCAUCCUCAGCAUCAUGGCCUAUGAUAGAUUUGUUGCUAUUUGCCAGCCUUUACACUAUCACAGCAAAAUGACAUUUAGGAUGGUGAGACGUCUUCUGAUUUUUGCUCUGCUCUAUCCUGCAUUUGGUAUCGGUGUCGGUCUUUCUCUUACAAUUAGAUUGCCUCUGUGUGGAAAUAAACUGCACAGACUUUUCUGUUCUAACUGGCCUGUGGUUCAGCUCUCCUGUGUGAACACAACUUUGAACAAUAUUGUAGGACAGUUUGUUGCAAUAACGACCACCUUCAUCCCCCUGCUCUUUGUCCUGUACACCUAUCUACGGAUUCUGCUUGUGUGCAGGAGAAGCUCGUCUGAAUUCAGAGGAAAGGCGUUACAAACCUGCCUGCCCCACAUAGUGACAUUUGUGACCUAUUCAUUUUCUGUCUUCAGUGAGCUGUCACUGACCAGAUUUGAGGGUGACAAACUAAAUCCAAUCAUCACAGUUGUUUUAUCUUUAGAGUAUUUGAUCAUUCCCCCCAUCAAUAAUCCUCUAGUUUAUGGCCUGAAUCUGCCUCAAAUCAAAAGAGUGAUUUUUAGAUUUUUGAAGAUACACAAAAUGGGUCCUGAUGAUAAAAUGUAA